AUGAUGAUGAUACCAGUGAGUUCGGAUUAUUAUCAACCAGACGAGAGUACGUUUCUAUGUGGAUUCAAGAGGGUAAGUGUCGAUUUCACAUGGUUUAAUUUCGUUUUUAACCACACCUCGGCAAAAAUUGCUAACUUUUUACAGUAUGAAAAAUAUGAAUUUUUCAAUUUUUGACCUCUAAAAACUGGAAUUCAGCCACGGAUUGGACGAGAUGUGUUUUUAACAACAAGAAACCCUAAUUUUCCAGGUCAGACAAUACGGAACAACUCAAUCAUCAUCUCAAUCCUCUCCAGCAACUCCGAAUUCUUAUACAAUUUAUCAAGUCAAACAAGAUGAUACACUUGAACGUAUUUCAUUACAAUUUAAUUGUUCAGUAAGUUUUUGAACAUACAUUUUAGUUGCACUUAAGAAGUGGGAAUAUUUACGAAAUGAAAAGAAUUCAAGGACGUUUUCAAAUAAUUUUCUAGAAUUUUCAAGCUUUAAGCUUGAAAUCUGAGGCUUAAUUCGGACCCGAAAAUUUAGAUUUUUUAGAAAUUACACGCUUCGGGCCUGAACAUUUAGAUUUUUCACAAAAUUUGGGCUCACAGCCUAAAAAUUUGAAUGUUUCUUGAAUUUUGAGCUUUUUUUGGUAAAUUUCAGGCUUCAGACAUAAAAUCUGAGGUUUCUCAGGCUUCAGGUCUAAUUCGGGCCCGAAAAUCUAGAUUUUUCUCUAGGAAGGUCACGUGGAAAUUCGAGAAGCAUUUCUUUUACGUUAAAAAUGUUCAAAUUUUUAGGCUGAACUAUUUUUUUCUGUAAUCAUUUGGGAAUUUCGGUGCAAAAAUUAUUUAUCAAGGAUUUUCAAUUGGGGAUUUUCUAGAUAAUAAGAUCCUUUUGAAACUAGCAAUCAGGUUCAGAACAUGUUUUUUUUUGAAAAUCUGAAGAUGCGUUUCGAAUUUUUUUUUAGGGUGAUCUAAUUUCUAAUUGUGAAUCACAAGUUCAAACUUCACCGAAGCUUAAAAAUAUUCAAUAUCAAUGUAGUUUUGAUUUCAGUUUUCUCAAUACUUAAAUUAGCCAAUUUUCCAGGUGUCUUCUUUGGUUCGUGCAAACAAAUUAUGGUCUCCUAGCGCACUUUUUAUGAAAGAAUUUAUACGAAUUCCUAUUUUCAAUAAUGAUCCAGUUUUAGUUUCUCAUAAUUAUUCAUCACCCUCGUCUAGCAAAAUGGUUUCUCAACCUUCAGAAUCAAAACGGGUAAUUGAAGAUGAUCGGUCGAUGAAAGAUAUUUUGAAAAGAAUCGAUAAAAACAUCAAAAGUUUUCAAAAUUACGAGAUUUCUAGCGAUUCAGUUGUUUUUGAUAGUAAAUGUAAUUGA